AUGUCGGUCCUCGACAGCGACACUGAACAGACACCCGAAGAGGUGCAAAGGUAUAAUGCAGCAAUAGAGGCCGCCAAGCAUGAGGACUCUUACCUAUUUGAUAUUCGAGGUCUCAUGAGGCACCUCGGAAAAAACAUUGAAGGCUACGGGGUUUUGCUGUUCGUCCCUUGUUUGAUAUCCAGCGCGGGAGUCACCUACGACCAAGCCCUGAACUAUUGUCUUAAAAAGCUCUCAGUCCACGCCAAGUCUGACUAUGUUUUAAUUUUUGCGGAGUCCAUGGUUUCCUGGGCUGGAGGCGAAGCCCUCAAGUUUGUCCGAGACUGCUUCAGCCUGCUGCCGCCGUCUCUGAAGAAAACCCUAAAAAGGGUUUACAUGGUGCAUGCGUCUGCGGGGGCUCAAGGGUUUGUGUCUCUCUUUUCUUCUUUUUACAAUUCCAAGUUUUCCAAAAAAGUCAUUUGGGUUGAAAGAGUCGCAGACGUCCUCAAAACCCUCCAAAUGCCCGUCGCCCAGGCCCUCAGGCUGUUCCCGUACUGCGUGCAGCUGGAGGAGGAGCGUCGGCUAGGGUUUGGGGGUUUGGGGGGAGUGUUUGGGAGGGGUUUAGGGUUUUUGAGCGAGCGGAUUGGGGUUUACGUGAACGAGGGAAAUGUUUACACGGAGUGGACAGACACCCCAGCCCUCGCGUCAGGGUUUAGGCUUUUCCUCGAGGGUUUGGAAACCCCCCUCUUCGGAAACCUCGCCUUCGACCAAAUCGCCAAGGCCCAAGCGGCGGGAGGAGGGAAGAACCGCUACAUCACGGAAAUGAAGGCAGUCUCUGUCAAACCCGCCGAAGCAGCAGCACCAGCAGCAGCAGCAGCAGCAAAAGCACCCGCAGCAGCCGCAAAAGCAAAACAACCAGCAGCUGCAAAACCCAGCAAACCACCCUCCAGCUCCUCCUCUUCCUCUUCUUCAGAAGAAAGUUCGGAAGAGUCUUCUGAAGAAGAGUCAGAAGAAGAAGAGUGA